GUUAAAUUGGCAUGCAGCCUACGCUUGUGUCCUGAAGCAGGAGACUGCACCGCUUUUGACAAUGUUACCGUCUUCUCAACGGAGUUACCUGAGACAGAAGGGCAAGGUCGCGUUAUUUCACCUUUUGUGCAGUAUUACAGGUGUAUGGGGGAGUCAGGUGCUGGUACCUGACAGAGUGAAUGCUGUGCUUGGAAAGAACGUGACAUUAGAGUGUAGGGUGGAGGUGGGCACAAACCUUACCCUUACUCAGAGUUCCUGGGAGCGCCGACUGCCUACAGGCUCUGUCACAGUGGCUGUUUACAAUCCUCGGUUUGGCAUUUCUAUCCCUCCAGAGUAUAUACAACGCUUGUAUUUUCGCUCUCCCUCCUCUCAUGAUGCAACUAUUGUACUGGAAAACGUGGGCUUUGCUGAUGUUGGGAUGUAUACCUGCAAAGUUGCAACAUUUCCUCUGGGAAACACUCAAGCCUCCACCACUGUCAAUGUACUUGUGGAGCCGAAGGUCUACGUAUCUGCAGGUUCAACUGCCCUGAUCGAUGGUGGCAAUGACACUGUGGUGGCCACCUGUAUAGCUGAGCGGGCCCGUCCCCCUGCUGAGGUGUCCUGGGAGUCCAACUUGUUUGGCCAGUCAGAGGUGCAGUUGUUUGAUGAUGCCAACGGCACAACAAGCACACAAGUGCGCUACAUCUGGCAGCCCACACGUCACAUCCAGGGACACUCUCUCACCUGUGUGGUCCGCCACCCAGCUUUAACUAGUGACUUCAGGAUCCCCUACCAGCUCAAUGUACAGUUUGCUCCUGAUAUCUCAGUGGUGGGCUAUGAUGGAGACUGGUAUGUAGGUCGAGAAAAUGUUCAAAUGACUUGCAAAGCCAAUGCAAACCCACCGGCUCAUCACUUCAGAUGGAUCAGAUUGGACAGUGAAAUGCCAGAGGGCGUGGAAAUACUGAACAGUACUUUGCUCUUCCUGCGUCCCCUCCAGCGGAAUGACUCUGGAGUUUACAGGUGUGAGGUUGCCAAUGACAUCAACCUCCGUAGUCGGGAUGUGCGCAUUCUUAUACAAGAUCCUCCCACCAUGCCUUCCACCAUUACUGCUCCUGUCCUUACUGGCUCUGCCUCCUCCACCUAUGUGGAUGAAAAGGGGCAUGUCCUUCUGAGCUCCCCCACACUCGAAGCCCUACCUGAGAGUAAUCUUGGUUCCAUAGUGGGUGGGGCUGUUGGUGGGGCCUUGUUCCUGCUACUGUUGCUGUGUUUGGCGGGCGUGUGUUACUUGCGGAAACAGCAGACCUUCCAUGGGGAUUACUACACCAAGCAGUACCUGGGAAACAGUGACCUCCAGAAAGCCCCCAAGCAGCAUGAGCUUCACCUUACGAAAGCCGUCAGCAACUCUCACAAACAGGACCCGGAUCGGGAGGAGUGGGGCGACCGCCAUCUCAAACAGGAGCGUGAACGACGUCUCCAAAGCAACUAUAACAGAGAGGAGUAUCCUGCCAAUGGCUACACCAGGGCAAUGAGGGAGAGCAGUCAACACCACAACCAUCAGCAGAAUCAUCUCCGUGAACAUGCACAGUACUCUAGUCCUCAGCAGCCCAGAUGUGCCAGAUACCCUCGAUCACCUAAACUGCAGGGAAACGGCUCCCCUUACAUGUCAGAUGACUGCUACAAUAGUGGCCCUGAGGGCGACUACGUCUCCCACACAGAUGGGUCUGUCAUCUCACGUAGGGAGUGGUAUGUUUGAUAAACUACCUGGUCCUGCAGGAGCAGAAAUAUUACAGAGGGUUUAGUUUAUAUAAUUAGAAAAAUACACAUCAUUUCUCUUCUGUAUGCACUCGCACACUUCUACUAAUCUUAAUUCUGUAGUUCCUGUGUUUCGUACAAGAGUCCUGGUUGACACUUGAGAUGUAAUGUUUCUGUUCUGGAUGUGGACAGACUGUGGACUGCACGGCCACUUUGAUAGUAAACUUCUACAUGCCUGGAAACCUGGCAUGUCACUAGUUUUUGUGUGUAGAGACUAACUAAAUAUCAUGAUGUGUGUGCUGUCUCUGCCUUACUACUGGACUGCCAAUGUAUAAAGUAUUACUAAUGUCUUAGCUUCAGUUGAGUGGUUGCCCUGGGGGCUACAGAUCACUUAUGGCUGUUGUACAAGAAGGUUCUGUUUGUUUGUUUCUACAAAAUCAGCCCUCUCAGGCUCUGUGACACUUGAUUUGUAUUUCUGUGUCUUAAUAUAGCUUAUACAUUAUAGGUGAAAAUAUUCUGACCUCUGAAGAGAAUUGGCUCACUUUCAGGAAUGGUAGAAAACCCAUGACUGGAAGUAAAUGCAGGAUAUUCAAAUGGUCACAGGUACUUUUUCUCCAGAACCCAGCAAGACACAAUAGAGGCACAUAGACUAAUUUAAAGGGAUUCAUCUUAUUUUGAAAUCAGACACUUCUUCUCACUGAGUCAUGGUCAAAAAUAAUUCACUGCCUUUUGCAAAACUCUUAUCAUGGACCACUUCUUAGUUUGCUUUCAACUAGAAUGUCUUCGUUUGCAUCACUUUCCCUAAAAGAAGGCUUGUGAGCUUGAGGAUGUGACCCCUGAAGUCCUAGCAGAGUCCUUUAAAACUGAUGGCCUAGAGCAGAAACCUUAAGAGCAUUUCAACAGUGUGUCCUCAGCUCAUCUUCUAUUCCCCGGAGGGAGGGAGGGAUGGAGAGAGAACAGGCAGGGAGGCCCGCAUGACUGAGGCACAGCCCUCUCUAACAGACUGAGUUAUGGAACAGUCGAGCCUGGUUAUGCAAAUGUUCUACACAUUUCUGCAAGUUUGAAUAAGCUGGAAUAUCAGGGCAUUAGUUUACUUCUUGAUUUAAGGAAAAGUCUCAGCUUGGUUUUCCUCUCCAGUUUACCCCAACCAGAUUCUCCAGUCGGAUAGCACAUUAUAAUGGAUGUGUUGAGAAUUUGCACUCUGGCACUAUACCAGGGAGGUUCAGGAGAGCCAUCAGCAGGGCCAUUGUUAAAAGCAGGCUACAGUAUGACAGCCACCAUACGCUGGCCUCCUAGUCACAAAGUAUUUUGUUACACAAAGAAAUCUUUCAAAAGUGCAGCCAGUACACGCAUACCACAAACAACCACAGAUGGACCAGUUUCACUACUCUUGAGUAAUCCGUAGAAACAAGACAUGACUGUGUCACAAUUACAAUCUGAGGCAUUAAUCAGCUUACUGUUACUUAGCCAUGUUUUCAACAGCAUAUUCUGAUUAUGUUCACCACUUGUUUUAAUUUUCAACAUUCAUUACUACUGUCAUUAUAUACAGACAUGUAGACAUAUCAGGUCGAUUGUGACAAAGUUGCACUGAUCCUUAAAUCAUGCACUUACAUUUAUCAUAUGAGUAGCUAUGGUAUGAUUCCCCCUUGUUUACUUUUAAAAGGGAAUUCAGGCCAGUUUUCUAAUGGCAUCAGCAUUAAUUUACUAGAAGCUAUAUUUCAUAGUUUAUCAUAAUGUUAAAACACUGCUUGACAUACCAAGUACUGUGAUUGAACUGAAGAGAAUGGGUUUUCAGUGUCCUUAAGUUAAUGUGCCCUCGUACUUUGCUUAGAUCAGGUUAUUAUAGAUUUGAAGAUACAUUUCAGUUUGAUUAUGUGAUCAGGGACUGAAAAAAUUAGUAUUUCAGAAUAUGCACAUACUAAUCAGAUUGCAAGGAGGAGAUUCAACAGUUUCCUUCAUGCACUUUAGUGUUUGUGAAUACAUGCCAACUUGAGUACGACAGUCGCCUACACAAUAUUUGCUGCCAGAUGCCAAAUAUUUGUUUAACUUGUAUGUAUAAAUACGACAGUAUUACUGACUAGCUUACAGCUUAUAUAGAUGACUCAUGUAUUGCUGUUAUAUACAGGGUGUUGUAGACUGAAUAGAAGAGAAAAGAUGCUUUAGGCCACUUUUUUAUAACAGUCGUCAAAAUGGGAAUUAGUUAUAUUGUUACGAGCUCUCACUAAUUAUUUGUCAGGGUGUGAAUUUUGUGCAGUGAAUAGGCUGCUAUUCUCAUAGUGAGAUUUGAUAAUGUGCCACUGUUACAUGCAAGCAGAGGAUAUGACUCCUUUACUGCAAUUUAUGUUGUUUUAAUAAGAUGCGUAAACAAUAACUGUAGUAUCUCCAUAGACAAAAGCUUUCCACUCCUAUUACCACGUUAAUUAUUAGUUUGCUCCAAUUACAUCAACACAGUUCUCAGCUUUCACAAGUUAAGAAACUGAUGAUUUAAUAUGCACAGGCUUUUAGGUUUCCCUCUGUGAUUUCUGCCACAUCAUCUCUUACAUAAAAGGCAUUUUCUGUGCAGAAGGGAGUUCCCAUGAUGAAACAUUUACAGGGUGAAUCUCCUAAAGUAACAAGAACAGUGUUAUAUAAAGAGAUGCUGCUGUUCCAAAAGGUUUUGUAUCUUUAAAAAAAAAGAAAAAAAAAAAAAACGGAAGUUGAUCCAUUUUUUGUUUCAGGUUGAAUAUUAAAUACUGCUUAAUGAGAAUAUUUGAGUGAAUUGACCCUUUAAUGGAAGUGCUCAUGAUUAAGUUGUUAAAAAAAAAACUUCAUGAUUGUUGAAUUAAAAAUUAGGCUUUUAUUUGCUGCUGAAAUAUUUGUAUUCAGCCUCUCUGCUCACUUUCACAUGAGUCCAGAGAGCAACAGGAAGCACAGCAGCUUAACUCCUUGUUCUGUUUGCUUCCUUGCGCUGAGACGGAAACUCCACUAAUCAAUAUCCUAUUUUUGCCUGACACAUCAGUUGGAUGCCCCACAACUGGAUUAAUGCAGUUCUUUUGUACUGUCUUGACAUUUAGUUUUAGGAUCAGUCAUCAAUAUUCUUACCUUGAAAUCAUUCUUCACUUUAGGUUCAAUACACCUAGUGCCUUAGAUACCUAGAAGAAGAAAUUACAGUGUUUUCUCGUUACAAAGAACAUGUUUUGUUGCUCUGUGAGAUUUACGUUGAAUGUCACUGCAUUAUACGUUUGAUGGACUCCAUAUGACUUCAUGUGCCAUACUUACUUCUCUUGACAAUGACGCAGUGUAUUUGCAAACCUUGAGGCAUUAAAAUACAAACAAAAAGACAAAGCUUGAAUGAAUUUUGAUGUAAAAUGAGUUAAAAUCAUGUCUACUUCACAGGUUUCUUCAGGGGUUAUUUGUUUCCGUAGAAUCACUGUUGUUAAAAGAAGUCACAUUGUCAUUUAAAAGCACCUUGUGGUCAUGUAUGUUUUUUUGUAUAUAUAGAAGAAAAUGUAAGCUUCUGGAAAGAAAAAAAUAUUUAUGUGCCAACAGUGGAGCAUUAUUUUGUCAAUCAUUUUGAGAGACUUUAGUUCAAUAAAGCACCUUAGCACCUGUGA